GUUUCUUUCCACAAUCCCCAGAUCCUUCGCGCCAUUACGACAGAGUGUAGCAGAUUAGCUCUCAGCUGGAUCAAUCAAAUAUUCCUUCUCCUUUUUGGUGAUAAAAUCUUGUCUAACAAUGACUUCAUCACCACCAACUGCUCAGGAGCUCGCCAAAGCUUUUGGCUGUAGCCCUGCUGCUAUACAAGACAGCUUUCCUUGCUCUGCUAUGCAGGAGGGCUUCAUUGCUCAAACAAGUCGGGGGUCUCGAGCACCGAUUAGGCAUAUCGUGCUAGACUUGUCCCCAGAAGUCAACCUAGCGACUCUCCAGUCAGCAGUUGAGCAAUACGUCAACCUAACAGAUGUUCUCCGAACUCGAAUCAUCGAUACCGAGGAAAGUGGCUUGAUUCAGGUGGUCCUUGACACUUCGUUUGAAUGGAGUCGUUACGAAUCUUUCGAGGAAUGUGCUAAGGCCGCGAAGUCUUUCACUUGGUCUCUUGGAGAGCCAUUGGCUAGGUACUCGCUUAUAGUGAACACCCACUCUAACCACCGCUCUUUUGUGUGGACGAUUCAUCACGCAAUCUAUGACGGAUGGUCUUUCAAGAACAUGACAAAAGCAGUCUGUUCAAUAUAUAAUGGAAAGCCGGCUAUAGAAGUCCCACCUUUCCGAAAUUUUAUCACCAAUUUGCAAGAAAGGAGUAUUGAAGAUGCCCAAAAAUUCUGGAAGGAUGAACUGGAUGGGCUGGACUCGGUUAUUUUCCCUGAAUUACCUACUCAGGAAUAUAAGCCUCUGGCAACCUCGACUUGUUGUCAUCUCUGUCCGGCGAUACCCAAGGUUGAAGGUGUCUCAAGAACAGCACUCAUUCGAGCUGCGCUGGCUAUAGUUAUUGCAACCCAUACUGGUACGAAUGAUGUUUGCUUCGGCACUAUCGUUGCCGGGCGAGACUUCGUCCCGAAGUCGACUGUGGGAUGCACAAUCUCCACACUUCCUGCACGUCUGGUGUUGACAGACGAAACCAGAGUGUACGAUCUUCUUAGAUACUCACAAACGAAGAUCGAGACCUCAAAACCUUACGAGCAUCUGGGUCUACGCAGUAUCUCACGUGUCAGUGAAGAAGGCAGUAUUGCUAGUGGAUUCCAAACGCUACUCAUUGUCCAGCCCUCAAAAAGCACCAUGAAACUUGACUCAUCCAUCGGUAGCUGGCGUCGUCAAGAGGCUGAUCACGGAGUCGCUAGCCAGGCUCUUACGAUUCAAUGCUCUCUCGAAAAAGAUGGCAUUGACAUAGACGCCUGGUAUGACAGCAACGUCAUCGCCGAAUGGCAGGUCAAAAGAAUUCUUCAGCAACUCACGCAAGUAAUACAUCAACUUGCGCAAUCCCAGGAAAAGAUGAUAUGCAACAUCAACGUGGCUAUCAACGACGAUCUAGUAGAUAUAUGGCGAUGGAACGACUCUGUACCUGUGUCCCAUAACAGAUGUGUGCACGACUUGAUCUCCGAUACUGCUCGAAGACGGCCUGACGCGACCGCAAUACAUGCCUGGGACGGCGAAUUAACUUAUAGACAACUGGAUGAGUUAUCGAACACAGUAGCGACGAAGCUAGUCGCCCAAGGUGUGACGGCUGAGAAUGUGGUACCGCUACUCUUCGAAAAGUCCGUAUGGAUGCCAGUGGCCAUGCUUGCCGUUAUGAAAGCUGGUGGGAUCUGCCUCGCUGUCGAUACUACUCAACCUAUAGAGCGUUUAUCUCGUCUGAUGGGGACGACACAACCUGUUGUUGCACUUGCUUCAAGCAACAACAAUGUACUUGCACACUCUGCCCAUGCAGGUACUGUAAUGAUCAUUGAUCGAGAUACCAUCGAGCAAGGAUCAACUCUAUCAGCUGUGCUCUCUGCCACGAAUCUGUCCACCGCAGCGUACAUUCAGUUUACCUCCGGUAGUACCGGCGUACCUAAAGGUGUUGUGGUAACGCAUAGCAACCUCUGCACUUUUGUCCAGGCUGGUCGAGAACGACAGCUUUUUGCAGAAGAUGAUCGAGUGCUCGACUUUGCAUCGUAUUCUUUUGAUGUGGCCUGGUCGAACUUCGUCAACACACUCGUUACCGGGGCUUGUCUCGUGGUUCCAUCGGAGGACGAACGCCGUCAAGAUCUGGAACAGGCAAUACAGAAGUAUCGUACCUCUUACGUACAUCUCACACCCACUGUGGCUCGGACGAUAGACCCAACCAAGAUCCCGUGUCUCAAGAAGCUCAAUCUCGGUGGCGAGAAAGUUGUGGUCAAGGACUUCGAAAAUUGGCGAGAUCAUGUUGAGAUGGUAAUUACCUACGGUCCUGCGGAAGCUACCAUCACGACUACAUGUGCUCAACUUGCGAAUGGAGAAACUGGGAUAGGCUUCCCUAUCGCAAGUAAUGCCUGGAUUGUCAAAGGCAACCAGCUGUGCCCUGUAGGAGCAAUUGGGGAGCUAUGGCUAGAAGGACCACUCGUCAGUCGCGGAUACCUACACGAUCCUGAGCGCACUGAUAUAUCGUUUAUCAAAGACCCGUGGUGGCUGCUUCAAGGUGGUCCAUCUACCACGUCUGUUGGCAGAGCCGGUAAGCUUUACAAGACCGGCGAUCUUGUCAAGUACAAUCCAGAUGGCAGUCUAGUCUACAUUAGACGCAAAGAUGACAGUCAAGUCAAGAUCCGUGGCCAGCGUGUCGAGCUGGGCGAAGUUGAGUGGCACGUACGCAAUGCUUUCCUAGCGGAAAUGAAUUCCAGGGGUAUGGCCACGAAUUUCCUUCAUAUCACGGCUGAUUCCAUUACGCUGGAUGGCAACAAACGCUCGGUACUUGUUGCUUUUAUCUCGAUCUCAAGUGCCCAAGACGCAGCCCCUCUCCCCCAAGAGCAACAAGAAGAAGCUAUCGCUGACAUGACCGACAAUGUCAACAACGAAUUACGAGCCAAAGUGCCCACAUACAUGAUCCCUUCUAUGUAUGUAAGUGUAUCUAACUUGGCCGUGUCUGUAGCUGGUAAGUUAGAUAGGCGAAAGCUUCGGGCUUCACUCCAGGGGAAGACUUCACAGGAACUUGAUUACAAGUCUAAGCACUCCCUUCGCCGCAUCAUCCUACCUGAGACUGCUGUCGAGACGCAACUAAUCGCCCUUUGGGCGGUAAUCUUGAUGCGCGAAAUUGAUUCAAUCAGUGCAGAUGACAAUUUCUUUCGGAUCGGCGGCGAUUCAAUCGAUGCAAUGAGACUUGUUAGCCUAGCUAGGAAGUCUGGAUUGUAUUUCAAUGCUCUGGACGUCUUUGAGCACGCUCGUGUUUGUGAUCUUGCCACAAUUGCAAGUACAGCUCCACCGACCAUGGAGUUGGAGGUGACUCCUUUUUCUCUGUUGCCCACGAAUCCUAUUGACGUUCGAGAGACUGUAUCCCUUUUGUGCAAUGUUACAGCCGACUGUAUUGAGGAUGUGCUUCCUUGCACUUCGUCGCAAUCAGGUCUCAUGGCUCUCACAGCACGUCGAGAGGGAGACUAUAUUGCCAAGUUCACUUAUAAUGUUCGUUCCGACGUCGACAUGACACGGCUACAGCAAGCUUGGAAUGACACUAUCGCGACGACGCCAAUUCUCCGUACUCGUAUCGUCAACACGACCGGCAUCGGACUUGUUCAGGUCGUGCUUAAAAACGAUGAAUCACUCGCGCUCCACCUUACGGAAAAUUCCGCAAAUUCUUUGAAAUCGAUUGGUAUGCUAGGCCAACCGCUGCUGUUCGCGCGAAUAAACACGAACGAAACUGACCACGUCGCAAAACUGGAAGUUCAAGUGCACCAUGCUGUUUACGAUGGAUGGUCUUUACCCAAGAUCAUCGCCCGGGUGGGACAGCUUUAUGCUAGACAUUGCAUACCCAAAUCACCCUCAUUCGCAACAUUUGUCCAUCACACAGUGAACUUGGAUCCUACAAAGACCAUGCUCUUUUGGGAAACUAUGUUCGAUGGACUGAACGCGCAACAAUUUCCGAGCCUCCCAUCCCCUGAAUACCAUCCAUACCCCUCUCAUAUCUACCGCUACGACUUGACACUGCCCAGGGGAAAAACAAUUGCGACAAGCUCCAUCGCAAUACGUGCAGCAUGGGCAAUUCUCUUAGCCAGCGAUACUGGAUCUGACGAAGCAGUGUUCAGUGCUGUGGUUUCCGGUCGUCAAGCUGCAAUCACGGGUAUAGAGGACAUACUUGGGCCUACCCUCAAUACUGUACCUUUGCGCAUUGGAACAAGUGCUGAGCUGACCGUUGCAGAAAUUUUGGCCCAGGUGCAGCAGCAAGCUGUCCAUAUGAUUCCUUAUGAGCAGACUGGGCUUCAGAACAUUCGCCAGGCCAGUAAGGAAGCUCAGUUAGCAUGCGAUAGCCAGUCCCUUUUGAUUGUCCAUCCCAAGAAAAUGAUACAGUCGGUUCGACCAUUGCUUGACAUGCACGAAGACCAUAACAUGGAGAUUGGCAUGUCGUCUUCAGGAGGUUAUGGAACGCAUAGUCUGGCUCUCGACUGUUUCUUGAGAGAUGACGGGAUGCUGCUACAGGUAACCUUUGAUCCGGUCGUCAUUAGUGAAAAGCAGAUCAAGCGCCUUGCUCAGAGAUUCGAGCUAAUACUACGACAAAUCUGCUCAGAGACAAACCAAGCGACUAAAAUUGAGGAUAUCAGACUGGUUCUAGACGAGGACCUCAAUCAAAUCUGGGACUGGAACCAGACUUGUCCCAAAUACAUUGACGGAAAUGUGAGAGAUAUUAUUGCCUCUACUAUCAGCCGCCGUCCAGAUUCUCUAGCCGUUGACGCGUGGGAUGGAAAACUCACGUAUACACAACUUGACGCACUUUCUACCAAGUUAGCUGUUGAUCUUGUUCAUAAUUAUGGUGUUGGUCCCGAAGUGGUCGUACCUCUUGUGUUCGAGAAAAGCAUGUUCACGCCCAUCGCCAUGCUCGCAGUUCUCAAGGCUGGAGGAGCAUCUGUAGCUCUAGACAUCAGUCAGCCUGAAGAGCGAUUACAUUCAAUCAUCAACCAAGUCAGUAACAUGAAAGUUCUUGUUUGCUCCGCAUCGAAUAGGACUCUUGCAUCGAAACUAUCCGCUGGACCAGUCAUCAUUGUCGAAAACAAUACUCUUCAACAACCCCCACAGACUAUGGGUUCGAGUAUGGAAUGGCCAAGCAUUCAAUCCAAGAAUGCUCUUUACAUUAUAUUCACCUCUGGCACUACUGGCAUUCCAAAAGGCGUUGUUAUCACACAUGGAAACUUCGCAACGGCUGCCCAAGAAUGCUAUAUGAAGGACACUCUGAAGUUCACUGAAGAUCACCGCAUAUUUGAUUUCGCGUCAUAUGCAUUCGAUGUCUCGUGGUCAAACUUCCUUAAUGCAUUCAGUUCUGGCGCAACACUGUGCAUUCCUAGUGAGGACGAUCGACGCAGCGAUAUUGGACUGGCUAUAGCCAAGUUCAGUGCUACCUAUGUUGACUUGACACCAACUGUAGCCAAACUUCUCGAACCAUCCUCUGUACCCUCGCUGCGAGUUCUAAACAUGGGUGGAGAGUUCAUUUGCUUCGAAGACUUCCGUCACUGGUUUGCAGACGCACAGGUCCUCGUUACCUACGGUCCUAGUGAGGUGACGAUUUGUACUACUUGUCUUCCCAUUGACCAAUCAUCUCAUCAGAGCGAGGGUAUUGGUCAUAAUUUUGGUACCAAUGCAUGGAUUGUCAAUGCUCGCGGGGAUGCGCUGUGUCCUGUCGGUACCGUUGGCGAACUAUGGCUAGAAGGUCCAUUCGUAGGUCGAGGCUAUCUUAACAAUCCGGAGAAGACCAAUGCUGUUUUUGUAGAGGACCCUCCGUGGUUGCUAAAGGGUGGCCCAAAUCGUAUUGGUCGACGAGGUCGGCUAUACAGAACUGGAGAUCUAGUCCGGUAUAAUGAUAACGGUGGUCUGGUAUUCAUCGGACGCAGAGAUCAACAAACCAAGAUUCGGGGACAACGAAUUGAACUUGGCGAAGUAGAACAUCAUAUCAAAGCUGUGCUCCAGCAAGAGUUGGAUCAAGACGAAUCACAUAUCAAGACCACGACACAAAUCAAUGUCAUGGCAGAAGCUGUAAUGCUGAAAGGAAGCUCUCAGGUCUCCCUUGUUGCGUUCAUCAACCUGAAGCAAGGAGUCGGUACCUCUUGGACAACUUAUGAGCAUGAUGCUGCUGUGAAAAUUCUGGUGCGCAGGCUGGAGAGUCAGCUCCGCCAACGGGUACCAGUAUACAUGAUCCCUACAGCAUGUAUCCCACUCCAUGAGAUCGCACUCACGGCAACCGGCAAAGCGGACAAGAAGAAACUUCAACAGUUGGCGAGCAGUCUCACUUUGGAUGAAAUCACGGCUGAGAAGCUAUCGUCACGGGAAUUGCGACAACCUGUAACGAGCAAGGAAAUCCAACUGGCAGCCUUGUGGGCAGAAGUCCUAGGAAGAGACAAGACUCAGAUCAGUAUCGAUGACGACUUCUUCCAGAUAGGUGGAAAUAGCAUAGACGCUAUGCGAGUAGUCAGUGCUGCUCAACGUCAAGGCAUUAAAGUCACAGUCGCGCAGAUUUUCCGAACACCGCAACUUUCGCAGCUUGCUGCUGUUGCUCGCGACAAAGAGCCACCAUUACCAGUGUCGAAAGACCCGGAGCCGUUUUCUCUUCUAAACUCCAGCAACUGUCUCGAAGAGGUUGUGAUCAAGGCCGCAUCCCUUUGCAACGUAAGGGCAGCAGAUAUUGAAGAUAUCCUUCCAUGUACACCGUUGCAAGAGGGCCUCUUAGCUUUGACUGCGCGCAGGGAGGGAGACUAUGUCGCCACAUUCUCAUAUGAGCUGAGAAGCCAUGUGGAUCUUUCGCGCCUUGGAGAUGCCUGGAAUAAAGUUGUGGCCCAUAUACCAAUACUCAGAACUUAUAUUGUCAACCUACCCGGAGAAGGGAUGUCGCAGGUCAUACUGUCCAGUGGGGAAGCCCUAGAGUUCCUGGAAAAGACUCCUGAAAAUUAUCCUGGUUUAAGUACCGAGAUUCUUGGACGCCCGUUAUCCAAAGCUACUGUUUUGACUAAUGGUGAGAACGACGGAACGUUCGUUUGGCAGAUUCAUCACGCUCUCUAUGAUGGUUGGUCUGUAUCAAAGAUUUUUGAUGCCCUUGUCGAGACCUAUGAAGGUAAAUCAUUUCCUGCCAUUGCUCCUUUUGGCAGGUUUGUGAAGCACAUUACCAGCAUCGAGGGACAAGACAGUUUCUGGAAAGCUCAGUUUGACGGAUUAGAUGCUCAGACAUAUCCAAGGCUCCCAUCUACAGACUAUUAUCCUCAAGCAACUGAGAUAAACCGACAGUGCAUAAAUCUUUCUGACAGUACCACGAAAUCUCACUUUACAAUGGCAACAUUCCUCCGUGCGACGUGGGCCUUUCUCGUCGCCAGUGAUAGUGCAUCAAAUGAAGCUGUAUUUGGUGCUAUUUGUUCGGGUCGACAAGCUACUGAGAUUGUAGGUAUUGAGGAUAUCAUAGGUCCAACUCUCGCCACGGUUCCUGUGAGAAUCAAAUUAGAACGCGAACAGACCGUGAAGCAUUAUCUCAGCCAGGUACAAGAACAAAUGGUUCAGCUUGUACCAUACGAGCAGACCGGACUGCAACGGAUUCGAAAGGCCAGUGAUGAUGCAGAAGAGGCCUGUAGAUUUCAGUCUCUUCUGACAAUCAAUCCGGCAGAAAAUACAACUAGUGGCACAGAGAUCUUCAAAGUUUCAAAAAGCCCAACUGAUGGGCCAGUGUCAAGCAACGCGAACGGCUUCGGAAGCUACGCAAUUACGAUCGACUGCUUCCUCCAAGCAUCGAACUCUUUCGAGAUACAAAUCGCGGUAGAUCCGCAAGUGGUCCGACCGACUGAGGUGGAUCGCAUAUUCGCCCGCUUUGAGUCCGUUCUGAAACAGCUGAAGAGUGGAGAGCACAUUUCUGUGCCGCUGUCUUCUGUUAUCGCAACAUCAUCUGCCGAUCUUGACACAAUAUGGAAAUGGAAUGGACAAGUUCCUCUCCCGGUCGAUAAAUGUGUCCACCAAUUGAUUGCACAGUCUGUGAGAAAUCGACCAGACCAUGUGGCAGUCUGUGCCUGGGACGGUCAAUUGACAUAUACGGAACUCGAUGCAUUAUCGACACAGCUAGCGGCCCAUCUUAUACACCUCAUAGAUCCAGAGAGCAUCGUCCCACUCUUGUUCGAGAAGAGCUACUGGACUCCUGUAGCUAUGCUUGCAGUGAUGAAAGCUGGCGGGGCUUCCGUGGCGCUAGAUGUCAAUCAGCCACUCGAAAGAUUGCGAGGAAUUGUACGACAAGUCGAUCCAAAGGUACUCCUUUCGAGUAAGCGAAGAUCAAAUGUCGGAGAAGAAAUCUUCCCUCGAGGACAAGUCAUCAUCGCCGAGCAUGUCGCGGCGUUACCUGUUCCUCCUGGCUCCCUCGGAUCAGAAACGAGAGUCCAACCCGACAACGCCUUAUAUGUUGUUUUCACCUCGGGCACAACUGGCACACCAAAAGGUAUUACUAUUACUCAUCGUAAUUUUAGUACAGCGAUCCGCGAUGGGCAUAAGGCCCUUUGCAUUACAGAGGAUGCUCGUAUCUUGGACUUCGCAUCAUACGCAUUCGACGUAUCCUGGAGUAACGUACUGAACGCUUUCACCGCAGGUGCUACACUCUGCAUUCCAUCAGAAGAUGAAAGAAAUGAUCCUGCAGUAGCUAUUGCGAGAUAUGAUGCUACUUGGGUUGAGUUGACGCCGACAGUCAGCAAGCUCUUUCAUCCUUCUGCGGUGCCAUCCUUGAAAGUGAUAAACUUGAGUGGCGAGGCGGUACUUGCAGAAGAGUUCUUAGAGUGGACGGACAGCGCUACUCUCCUGGUGACGUAUGGACCUUCUGAGUGCACGAUUACCACAACUGUUGCUCGAAUCGAUCCAAAGAGGAAUGAUCCGUUAGAUAUUGGUCAUGCUCUCGAGACAUGUACAUGGGUCGUGAAUCGUGGGGAACUCUGCCCUGUAGGUGCAAUCGGCGAGCUUUGGCUAGAAGGCCCUCUUGUCGGUCGUGGCUAUCUCAACAAUGCCGAAAAGACAACAUCUGCUUUUGUGACGGAUCCAGAAUGGCUAUUGAGAGGAAGUGCAUCCCAUCCAGGAAGAAGUGGGAGGCUGUACAGGACAGGCGAUCUGGUACGAUACAACCCUAAUAAUAAAGGAGGACUCAUAUAUUGCGGCCGAAUCGAUUCCCAGGUGAAGAUUCGAGGCCAACGUGUCGAACUUGACGACGUCAGCGUGAAUGUUCGAAAUAUCUUGAUGGAGACUGCCCUCGAGAUCUGUACCUCGAAUGCAGCCGAAGAGCUGACGAGUGAGGAUUGUUCUCUCUUAGACAGGGGGUCUGCUGCUAUUACACAGAUUCACGUUACAUCAGAAGCGAUCGUUCUUCUUGGAAGCACACGGCCUUCCCUCAUCUCCUUCGUCACUUUGCUUAGGGAUGAUGACAAUACCUGGACGGAAGACGAACACAAUCAAGUCAUUUAUCAGCUACUGAAGGGCAUAGACCAAAAGAUUGUUGGUCGAGUUCCAGCCUAUAUGAUUCCAGCGGCAUAUGUACCCAUGUGCAGCCUUACAACCGCGACAACGGGCAAGACAGAUCGCCGUAAGUUGCGGGAUUCUUUGGCUCAGAUGACUCUGGAGCAAGUGAUAGAACCAUUCGAAACAUGUCACUACGUGGCACCACAGUCGAGCACAGAGACUGAAUUGGCAGCACUUUGGUCUGAAGUUCUUGGAUUAGAAGUCUCGCAGAUCAGUGCAGCGGACCAUUUUUUCUACAUUGGCGGCGAUUCAAUUGAUGCUAUGCGGCUUGUUAGCAUGGCUCGUGAGCGCGGGUAUACAUUGAAUGUGCCAGUUAUCUUCCAGAAACCACGCCUAUGCGACUUGGCUCAGGUGCUCGUGAUGACUACCGAGUCAGUCGAGCUCACCAUACAGCCUUUCUCAUUACUGCAAGACAUUACAAAUGCUGCUGGCCUCAGACUUGAAGCUGCGCGUCUUUGUGACACCGCAGAGGACCAAAUUGAAGAUAUUAUCCCUUGCACUCCUCUACAAAAAGGCUUGCUGGCGCUCACUGAGCGCCGCAAAGGUGACUAUAUCGCAGACUUUCAUUAUAAGCUCCGGCCUGGCGUGGACGUAUCUCGCUUCAAGAAAGCCUGGGAGGCUACAGUCCUAUCAAAUCCCAUUCUGAGGACAAGAAUUCUUACACUUGACAGUGAGGGUACUGUACAAGUUGUGUUGAAAGAGGAGCGGAUUUUUGAAACAAACGAGCUACAGUCUGGUUUCGUUCGGCAAGGCAGUCCUCUCCACGCCUCUGAGAUACGCGCAGACUCCACCACUGGCUCCAAAACUUUUGUGCUGUGGCUUCAUCACGCCGUAUAUGAUGGUUGGUGCCUCCCUAUGAUCAUACAGGCUGUUGAGACUGCAUACAACCAGGAUGGGAGCCUUCACCUUGCCCGUUACCCCUUUUCUGGGUUCGUGAGAUAUAUCCAGAACAUCGACAAGGAGUCCCAACAUGAGUAUUGGGCUCAUCAGUUUGGGGGUCUGGAUAUUCAACAGUUUCCUCAAUUACCUUCACCAAACUAUCAUCCGCACUCCAGAAUGCAAUAUCGUCGCAACACAGACUUCAUGCUACCUGUGCCUGCGGAGUUCACACUGUCAACCGUCAUUCGUGCAGCCUGGGCUCUAGUCGCUGCCAAAGACAGCGACUCCUCCCAAGCAGUAUUUGGCGCGGUUGUUUCUGGUCGACAAGCGGCAGUACCGGGUGUGGAAUCUAUGGUCGGACCGACCAUCGCAACUGUUCCCGUGAGAGUAUCCCUACAGAUGGAUGCGAGCGUUGAGACUCUUCUGAAACAGAUUCAAGAUCAGUCAGCUUGCAUGGUUCCUUUCGAACAGACAGGACUCCAAAGCAUUCGGCAAACCAAUCAUGAAGCCAUGCAAGCCUGCGACUUUCAGUCUCUGAUCGUGGUACAGCCCGGUACAGAUCUAGACAUUAGUAGUGAUAUAUUCGAGAAGAUCGAGGAAGAAAACACAAGCGAUGAAGAGCAGUUCACAAGUACAGAAGGCUUUGGCACGUUUGCCCUGAUGGUUGACUUCGUCCUCGCCAGAAAUAGUCUGCAGAUUCUUGCCGCCUUCGACCCCGCUGUCUUGAAUGAGCAGGCCGUCCGACGCCUGUUUGGGCGAUUCGAGCUGGUCCUACGCCAAGUCUGUACCACGGAGUACAGACACACUGCUCUCUCUGCCAUCAGGACAGUUACGGAUCAGGACUUGAGCCAGAUCUGGCAAUGGAAUGAGGAAUUGCCGCCAGCUCUUGAUGAUAGGAUUCCGGAACGAAUCGCCGCGACUGUUGCUCGUUACCCGCAUGCCAUUGCUGUGGAGGCGUGGGAUGGCUCGAUGACCUAUACGGAACUUGAUCAUUGGUCAACUCAAGUAGCGAUCAAGCUCCUGGAAUACGGAGUCCGCUCCGGUAUCACAGUGCCCCUAUUGUUCGAGAAGUCCAUGUGGAUGUCUGUUGCUAUGGUUGCUGUCGUCAAAGCUGGGGGUAUUGGUGUUGGACUAGAUGUUACACAGCCACGAGAACGACUCAGUAGUAUCACUGACCAGCUUAACAUUAUCGUCACUUUGACUUCUGACAAGAAUCAGCAACUGAGCAGAAGAGUUGGUGACUUUCCUGCAGUUGUAGUCAGUCACGAUGCGAUCAAAAGCUGUCCGGUAGGAAGUUUCGAGACACCUGCGGGGAACUCUACAGAUGACUUGUGUGUGGUUUUCACAUCUGGAAGCACAGGCAAGCCCAAAGGAGUGCCGCUUACACACCGCAAUUUCGUUACGGCCAUCGACUGCCAUAUUCAAACAUUCGGAAUCUCCAGUUCCUCACGCAUCUAUGAUUUCGCUUCCUACAGCUUCGACUUCGCCUGGUCAAACCUGCUUCUCACAAUGUUCUCUGGAUGUUGUCUUUGCGUCCCCAAUGAGACUGAGCGCCGAGAUGACCCCGUGUCAUCCAUGGCUCGAUUUGGAGUGACAUUCGGGUUUUUCACGCCUGCAUUGGUGCAGACCUUCACACCUGAGUUACUUCCGACCCUCCAGACACUUCUUGUCGGAGGAGAAAAGUUUAGGGCUCAAGAUCUCCCAAAAUUUGGGCAAUCGUGCGAGAUAUGGCUUGUGUAUGGACCAAGCGAGUGUACUGUUCUGGCUACUUCAGCUUCUCUGCGUGAGAUUAAAGAUCAACAGUACACGAUUGGUCGAGGCAUGGCUACAAAUACCUGGAUUGUCAGCGGGGAGCAACUCUGUCCUAUAGGUACCGUGGGAGAAUUAUGGCUGGAAGGACCUCUGACAGGACGCGGCUACUACAACAACGACGAAAAGACCAAGGAGGCUUUCAUUGAUGACCCAGAGUGGCUCGCUCGUGGAGCCCCCGGUCAUUCAGGUAGGCGCGGAAGGCUAUACAAGACUGGCGAUCUGGUCAAAUACGAAUCUGAUGGAUCCAUCUUGUACGUGGCUCGGAAAGAUAGCCAAGUAAAGGUCCGCGGCCAAAGAGUCGAACUCGGGGAGGUUGAUGCACAUGUUACUGCCGCGUUGAAGAAAGCCAUUAUAAUCACGAAAGAAACAGUACUUGAACCAAGCUCCAAUGAAGACGAGCAGUCUUACACUGGUAGCAGCGGCAGUAGCGACAGUGGAUACCAGACGGAAGACAGCCCUCAGCCUCUGGACUGCAAUAUCACCGUCAUCUCUGAAGUCGUCACGCUCAAAGGAAGUACCAACUCAACGCUAGUUUCUUUCAUUAAUCGGCGCAACAAAAACUGCACACUUCUGCCUAAGGACCACGUGGAAGCCGUUAGAGUCCUCGCGAAAGGUAUCGAGGAUCGAUUAUCAGAAAAAGUGCCUGCAUAUAUGAUUCCAUCGGCGUUUAUCCCUUUGCAUACCAUACCAAUGACAACCACUGGCAAAUUCGACCGGAAACGACUCCGUGAAAUCGCGAGUAAACUGACCGCCAGCGAUCUUUUGGAAUCUGAAAGAUCCAGAAGCAGUAGAUACGCAAGUACAGCCACGGAGGUCAUACUAGAAUCAAUCUGGAAGACUGUGUUGAACAAUUCUGAGGCCUUGGACGUAGAUACAGACUUCUUCCGCAUGGGCGGAGAUUCUAUUACAGCAAUGCAGGUCGCGGCUGCUGCUCGCUCACAGGGGCUUUCUGUCGCUGUAGGAGAUAUCCAAACACAACGGACGAUAGCGAAAUUGGCAGCGACGUGUCAGUCGAAAGCACGUCUGAUAAGUAAGAUAGAGAACAUGGAAGAGAAGACUGAGAUUGCCUUCCCAUUAUCACCAAUCCAGCAGUGGUUUGUGGAUGAACAUCCAGAAGGAAACAUUUGCUUCGAUAUCUGUUUCUUUCUAGAGCUAAGCAGGGAUUUCUCCACGGAAACACUACAACAAGCGCUGGCAAAGGUUGUUUCGCGCCAUUCGAUGCUCAGAGCACGAUUCCAGAAGCAUACAGUCUCAGGAGUAUGGACACAGAGGAUUACCAACGAAACUGAUUCUUCGUUCAAGUUGACUUCCGUCUCGGAUUGUCCCGAGGAUGGUCUUCCUGGUAUAUUUGCCAAAUGUCGGGAUGCCGUGGACAUCGAGAUCGGCCCGUUGACUUCAGCGGUGCAUAUCCAAGACUCUGGCAGGCAACAUCUGUUUCUCGCCAUCAACCAUCUAGUCAGUGAUCUUGUAUCAUUCCGUGUUAUCUUCCAGGACCUUGAAGAUAUCCUCUCGGGCAAGGAUACAACUCCUGUCCACUCUCUUGGCUUCCAGGAUUGGCUGGUUCACCACAAUGUAUCCGAUCCAGCUGCAGUGUCAUAGCGCUGCUGACCUCCGUGGCAUGAUCACACACACGACGCAGCGCAUCCAAAAUGUACCUCAAAAAGGUUGGGCGUACUUUGCUUCGCGUUAUCUACACCCGCUCGGUAAAUCCUACUUCAAUUACGAAGGCAUGGAGAUGAACUUCAAUUUCCUGGGCAGUUUCCAGCAAUUAGAGCGGACAGACAGCCUCUUCAAGAGAGUGCGCGUACCGCCAGGAAAUGAUCCAGAAAGCGCAAAGAAAGUAAAAGGGUUAGCGGUCUUUGAAGUCACAUCCUGUGUGCGACAGGGACUGAUGGAAUUCGACUUCUUGAUUGACAAUCGUGUACCGCAGUGGGAGCAAGUUGAAAGGUGGAUAGAGCUGUCGAAGGAAACUUUAUUGCGGAUUGUAGAUGAAGCGGAUAGACUUAGAGAGGCUGUUGUUACCGUUUGAGCUGAUAGAGGUUUACU